GCCCGCCCGUUGCUAUGGCAACCGUGUGAGGCCGCGGCCUAGCCGGGAGCCUGAAGCCUGGGCCCGGGCUUUGCUCCGGGGGCGCCGCCGCCGGGCUGGGGGCUGCGGGGGGCGGCGUAGUAAACCAUGGAGUCAGACAUCAAAGCACAGGAGCAUUUUAAAAGCCAGUUUAAGGCUCUUCAGGAACAACAGCAAAGAAAGCUGCAGAAUCUAAUGGAGAGGAAAAAGGACAAGCAGAGCAGUCAGAAGGUUAACAAUGGCAAUGCGAAGGAGACUUUCGGCAUCCCGAAUGAUCUAAACCUGUUUGAAACAGAACAACCUGUAACUGAAGAUGACAGCAAAAGGUUGCUUGAAGUUGAGAACGAGCAGCUUCAGGAUCAGCUUCGAGAGGUCCGGGAUGAGAACUGCAGGCUGUACAAACUGGUGAAAGAGAAAGAGUUUGAAAUAAAGCAACUCCAGAAAAAAAUGCAGGAGGACAGAUUGGCUUUGUCAGGGACGUCUGGUUUAGCGGGGGACGUUGCCGCUGCUAAAAUCGUUGAACUGGCCAAAAAGAAUCGUGAGAUAACUGCCGAGACUGAGAGCGAAAAAGCCAAAGUGAAGCAACUGAAUAACAAAGUCAAAGAGCUGGAGAGAGAACUACAGACAGCUGUGGAAAAAAUACAUUCUCUUGGUGGUGAUGAUGCAGGAAUCAAGCAGUCAACUCUGAAGAAGAUAGAAGGAAACUUGGCUGAGAGUCCAGAGGUGAAAGCAUUGCAAGAAAAAUUAACCACGGCCAACUUUAAAGUGAUGGAGUACCGUAACCAACUCCAGUCUGCAAAGCAGGAACUGAAGAUGACGCAAAAGCUUUUAGCAAAUGAAGUUGGCGAAGAUGUGAAUAUUCAAAGUCUCUUGACCAAUUCUGGCAGCUGGCGUGGACGAGCCCAGCAAAUUCUUGUUCUCCAAAGCAAGGUUCGAGAGCUGGAGACUCAGCUGGGUCAAACCAAGAGCAGAACAUCACUGAGUGAAAUCGAUGAGGAACUGCUGGCACUGACUGAUCCGAGGAAGCUGUCAGCCCAAGAGAAGAACUUGCUGAAGAUUCGCAGCUUGGAAAAAGAAAAGAAAGAAGCCUUGGAGAAACUCACUGGGGAACACGAGGCUCUCCAAAAAAAUCACGAGGAAGUGAAAAAAAAACUCGACGCAUCAAAAGCCAGGAACAAAGUGCUGUGCGGCGAAGUGAAAACCCUGAAGGGACAGAUUGUAACCCUGCUGGAGAAAGGAAAACACGAUGAUGAGCUCAUAGAUGCCUUACUGAGUCAGCAGAAGCAAAUGCAGGAGAUCUUAAAGCACCUGAGCCAGCAGAAUGAGAAGAACAAGGAGUCCCAGCAGAUGCUAGGGCAGCACUUGAACAACGAGGCUCAGAAGCAAAACUGCCUUAUAGAGCAGCUCAGACAGCUGGUGGCUGAACGAGAGGCAAAAGUUAAAGAGCUGGAAGAGGAGAUUGGGCAACUCACGCUCCAGAAGAAAUCUGCCCAUCAAGGGGACGAUCCAGGAGCUGCUGUUGUACCACCCUCGGAGCAAUCAGAAGAUCCACGUUUUACUCUGCUUAAGCCUCUGCCAUCAGGCGGUGAUCAGGCUGGAAGGAUUGAAUCCGCUCGCGCAGUGUCCAAGAUGGGCCAUAUGCUUGUAGAGUUGGCAGCUACUCAACCUCCCCUUCUCAGUAAUAACGUCCCACCUGGAAGGCUUGCUGGCACUGACAGCCUGGAUUUCAAAGUGCUGCAGACGCAGAUCACAGAGCACAAGGCUCUCUGCCAGGCUGCUGAGGUGGAGAGAGACAGGCUCCUGGAACUGGUCACUGUGCUGCAGAAAAGAGGAUGUCAUCUGGAAGAAUCGCACUGGGAUUUCUGCCUUUGGAUGCAUGGAAACUUCUCUUGUUCCCUCUGCUGGGAGCUCUGGAGUAGGAUUCAGUGUUUAAGACUGGCUCAUUCGUUAUACUUAGGACAUAAAUAAGUUUGAACCACUUUUUUUGCAUAUCAGGGUGGAGGAAGGCAGUGAUAAAGUCUUGGAAGUUGAGAAGAGGCUUCAGGAAGAGCGGCGGCGAUGUGUCCUUUUGGAGCAGCAGCUUGAAAAACUACAAAUGGAUCCUGGGAGGAACACAAGUACACAGAAACCUCCUCUGAGGAGCAAAACAGGUGAGGUGGAGCUCUUAUCUACAUCUGUGUCCCCCAUCCUACCUGGGUGGUUAACAGCAGCAACAUUUGGGCUCUCAUCUCUCAAACCUACACGAGUGCUUGACCUUACACACAGGGAUUUGGACCUGCUUGGAGCAGUGGACUGAUACUGAAGGUGAAAUCCUGGCCCCGCUUAAUUCAAGAGGGCUCUGACACAGAUUUAAGUGGGACCAGGACUUUUGCAUUAUGUUGUUUUCGCGGGAUGAUGGUCUAGAGAAAGAACUUUACGCUGUUCUGCGUCUCUGCUGUGACCACUGCUGUGUUCCCUUUCCACUUCUGCCUGAGAGAUUCGUCUGAAGGUUAAGAGCAGAAUUAAAGGACGCAUCCCAAUUUAAGGCCUGUCAGUGUCGAUGAAAAAGUAUUGCUGGUGAUGUAGUAAUUAGAUCUGGUGUAAUUUAUUAUACCAAGAACAUGAUAAUCUCCUGCUAUAAAUAUGAAAGCCUUACUAGCGUAGUUAAAGGAGGAGAAUUCAUGAUGGAUGUUAAAUUUUUAUUUCUCUGAUCAGAUUCUUUAUUACUUAAGGACUCUGAUUCUGUAAGGUGUCUAAACCAAUAAAAUGGUACAUAUUCUUAAGG